GGUUUCUUUGUGUCCAUUAUCUAUUGCUACUGCAACGGAGAGGUCCAGGCAGAAAUAAAGAAAACAUGGACACGCUGGAACCUUGCCUUUGAGUGGGAGGGCCCGGUGGUCUGUGGUCGCUAUCGUUACGGCUCCGUAGUUGUCGGCAUCAACAACAACAGCACCAGCAGCCACUCCCACCUGGCGGGGGCGGGACUUUCCACACGCUCUACCACGCUGGUUUCAAGCCGUGUUUAUCGGAGCACGGAUCCCACUGUGAUCGGCAUGCAUGCCACCCUCCCCGGGUACGUGAUCAGUAACUCGGACCCAUCCAUACCUGAAGAACCGGAGGACAGCGGGCCCAAGCAGGUGGAUGAUAUCUCGCUAAAGGAAAAUCUGCCUGUUGUUAUUACGACUGCGACAGCUGAGGAUGAGGAGGAAACAUUGUAGCAUUCGUCAAAAAAAGUGGCAUACACUGAGGAAACAGUUUGUAGUGCAUUUGUUUGGAGAGCAACCCAAUCCAUGUCACUCAAACUAUAAAGAGGGUUAUCAAAGACAAACAAACUUUGACUGAAUGUAAAUGAUAUGGAAUGAUGUAUAGAUCUACCUUAUGAAAAAUGUAUACUUGGUUCAAAAAUAGAAAAUAUCAGCUGACUGGUCGUUUGACACAGAUGAGGAAAUGUUAAAAAUAUCUGUUUAACUCCGCAAUCUCGACUUUACGUUGACAUUUUAGCCUUGUUUGAUUUUGUUGAUCGCUGAUGGAGAUUGCUUCUAUAUGGAUAUAUUUGUGGGAGAGUGAGGUGCCACAAGGUGAAUUGCAACUUGACAAACAAAGCACGUCUGAAAUCAAAGGGUUGCUAAUUUGACCCUCUCACCGAAGACAAUCGUUAAUCAUAUUCAGGAGCUCUCAGGGAGGGCUAUGCUUUCUGUUGUCAAUAAUAGAGUGGCAAAGUCCCUCCCAUUCUGGGGGAGCUCCAUUAUUUUGGAAAAAUUAUGUAUUGAAGUCAAUGGAGAGAGAAAGAUGAUCUUUCGAUCCCGUUUGA